GGUCGAGCCUUGUGCACCAACAUCUGUCUCCUCCAACGGUCAUCGCUCGCUGUCAGGCUGAAGUUGUUUACUAUGUCGGAGCAAGAGACCAGUAGAAGCCCAGAGAACGGAAGAGCGGACGUGGAUGACCUCUCUGAGGCGAGGGAAGACUCCUCGUGUGAAGUGGAGAAGCCAUGCUGUUCGGACGUAAAUAGUUGCCUUAGCUGUGACAGUGGUAUGGGAAACACCGUCUUCUCCUCUCCAGAGAAAGGUGAAAAGGAGAACAGCGAACACUCGGAUGACAAGGACAGUGACAGUAGCGACCAGAAUGAAACGCUCACUAGAGAGAAUGACCCCAGUAAGACGGCUUUCGUAAAGAGCCAGGCUGGUGCUUCAGACCCUAUGUGCAGCCCUCAAGAUGAGGCAAAGGACAAGAUAGUAGACAAUCACGUUGACAGUGCAUUUUGUGUGAAUGGUAGUGUAAGUCUGCCAAAAGAAGAUGAACAGCUGAUUGUACAAGAGAAUCAGGGGAAGGAGGAGGGGAAAAAUAAUCUUAGUGAUUUAGGUACAAACAAAGUAAAUCAUGCUAGUGAGGUACUAUGCAAAGAGGACAAGGACAACAGCAAAGAAAUUGCCAAGGAAGAAGACGCCAGUGAGAGAGGAGAUGCACAUGGCAGUGUUGACUUAAAGGUGAAUGAGGAUGUAGGACCCAGUGAGAAUAGUGUGAAUGUGACCGUUAUUCUUCAGGAUAAGGCUGCAGAUAGCAAGAGCGAUGCAAAAGAGAAUGUUGCAAGUGAGAUUGAGGUCAGUGUAAGUGAUAGUGACAAUGUCAAAUUAAAAGAAGUGCCACUCAUUGUGAAAGGUAAUGAAGAAAAUACAAUGCACGUCUGUCAGAGCGAUUUUGACGGGCCAAAGGAACUAGUCGGCGAGGGCAUGGCUGUGGAUCUGGACAUCAACAGAGACACGGACUCGGAGGCGGGGGAGUCCUGUUACAGCGAAGACCAGGAGCAAGUGGAUGGCUGUCAGGGGGGGAACGACUGCCUGCACCAAGACGGGGUGUGUCACACUCAGCAGAAUUGGGAUUAUCUCAUGGACGAAGAGUUCAACGUCCCCAGAAAUCCAGUAUUCAAUGGUUCUGCAGAUCAGCUGUGCAGAAGAAGUAACUUGAAGAGGAAGGCCAGUGAGGAACCUGAAGAUGUCUCUCCUCCAAAGUGCAAGCGGGGCAUACAGUUUGAAGGUGUGACGGUGUUCUAUUUCCCUCGGUCCCAAGGCUUUACCUGCGUCCCAUCGCAAGGAGGGUCUACACUAGGGAUGUCACGUCGGCACUCUCACAUAAGGCAGUUUACCCUCGCUGAACAUGCCGUUGAACAGAGGCGGGCGCAUCGGGAAUAUCUUCUGAGGUUACGGCAGCAGCGAUCAGCAAGGGAGCGUGGAGACAGCAGCAGCCGGGGCAGCAGUUCAGAAGACAGCGAAGAAAAUAGUGAGGAGGCCAGUGAUCUUUCAGACUCAGAACUGGAUGCUGAUUCUUACUAUUUCCUUCAGCCCCUGCCAAUCCGUCAACGCCGAGCGUUGCUGCGUCAAGCCGGCAUCCGUCACAUAGAAGGCGUGGAGAAGGAGGAGUGCAAAGACAUCCGGGUGUCAAGGGAGUUGUGCGGUUGCCAGUGCAAGGUCUACUGUGAUCCGGACACCUGUCAGUGUGCACAGGCUGGCAUUAAGUGUCAGGUUGAUCGUCACAACUUCCCUUGUGGAUGUUCCCGUGAGGGUUGUGGCAAUUCAUAUGGGAGGAUAGAGUUCAACCCGAUACGCGUGCGAACGCACUUCAUUCACACGCUCAUGCGUCUAGAAAUAGAAAAACGCCAACAGCAGCAGCCGCAGCCAUCACAGCAACAACAGCAAGCGCAGCCACAGCAGCAGCAGCAGCAGCAACCACAACAGCAACAAUGGCAACAGCAGCAGCAGCGGGCUAAGUGGCUGGCCACCGCAGCAACGCCAAAUGGCUUCAGCAGCGGGAGUGGGCUGCCCAGUGGAAACCUGCCGUUCUUUGAAGGUGCAAGAGAGCCCACUGGAUUGUCUGUCACAGAGCUGCACAAGUUCAACUCUUCUGUCGAGAUGACUCCAUGCGUUGGUUCGAUGAGCACACCCCUUUACCCACACUUUGAAUCUCGGCAGAUGCUUGGCCCAGGCACCUCCCCCUCCGUUUACAUCCAACAUGACAAUGUAGGUGACUACAACUCUGGGACAUGCUCUGUUUUUGGUGGACUGUCUACAACAUUUGACCCAGCAGCUCCAUAUGGGUCCUGUCACAGUUUUCCUCCUUCUGGUGUGGUGGCUCCUCAAGCGGUAGCCCCACAGGUGCCUCCUCAGCCUACCCCUGAUGCAUAUAACUCCCUCUCUAAGUUUGCCAACUCAGCCAACCUGGUGUCUAGUUCUUUUCCGUACUCUGGUGCUGUGGCCCCAGCUCCAGUCAAUUGCUCUUAUUCUCAAAACAACUUCUGUGUGCCUGGGAUGAAUGACAACUCAGCCGCUACAGUAUUUAGUCCAUACCAUGAACACGGAGCAUCGUCUGCACAAAACUUGUUUAAGACUGGUGUGAACGAGUGCAGUGAUUUUCAGCCAAACUUUGAGGCAAUUUCUUCCUCUUCUACAUCUUCAGACAAGAGCAGCAGAUACGUUCCAGCCACAUCUUUAGUUGGACCAACCAAAGAGGUGUGUGCAGAUUAUGCAACAGGAGCGGCCGUGAGUAGUUGCUCUGCCGUUGUGGAGGGAAGCUACAAGGUGGAUAGCUCAGUGUCGGAUGCAUCACAUAGCACAGUUGUUUCAGCUUCCAGGCCAGAGCAGCUCCUGCCGACCCACCCAAUGAGCACAGCCUCCUCAGUGCUCAACUUUGACUCCAGUCACCUUGGCAGCACAAGCAAGGACACUGUCAUAAACAGCCAGGCAGAUCCACCUGAAUCUGCUGAGAACUUAGGGGAAAUUGUUAAGAAAUCAAUGGUUGAGACUGUAUCUGCUUAAAGCCUGUGUGGCAAGGGACAUUUUGGUUCACAGCUUUAGUUUCUUCUGAUAGAGGCAUCUAAUGACAGAGAAGUAAAUAAAUAUUAGCUAUAGGAAGUAUUACAGUGAGCUGUCUUAUUGUGUGAUGAAUUUUAGCAGCCUGAUUGUAGUACUUUCUAUUGUCUUUCAUACAUUUCAUCAAUAUUUGAUGGUUAUUUUUACUGCUAAAUAUUAUAAUUUACUGUUUUUAUUUGUCCCAAUGCAAAGAGUCCCAGUUUUUUUAAUGUUGAUAUGCAAAUUUUAUUUUAAAGUUACAGGAGUACACUAUUGCAGAAAUGAAUAGGUAUUUAUGCAGCACCACGUCUUAAAUUUCACACUGUAUAGAAAUGCUCAAUUAUUGGAUCCUGUGACAAAGUGCAAGCAUACGUUUUCACUAUUUCCAGCUCACUUUUAUAGAAAAUGAGAGAAAAAGAAUUUUGUAAUACAUAUAUCAAAGUUGUUUUGUACUUGAAUAACUAUUGGAUACAAAGUGUAUAGCAAGAAUUAUUAUGUAUAAGCCACAGGGGUCAUUUCAUGUAUCUGAUGCAUUUUUCUUUUGAGAUUUAAAUAUGUAGAAAAUAAUAGUUUAAUAAGGUGUUUUGUUGCUGCAUUUAUGAAUCAGUUUUAGUUAAACUUUGUUUUUUUUUAGAUGUUCUUUAAGAAAAAAAAUUAUUGUUGUUUUAAGAUUAAAAUCACAGUUGGCCCCAAACCAGUCACAAGUGUAGUGUUCCAAAACCCUGCUAAAACUUUGCAAAUACAUGUGAAUGUUGCUAGUACUGUUAGGCUGCCUUACAACAAUGGCAAUUGUCUCAUUCCAAGACCAUUAUGUGUAGUUAAAUAAAACUAACUUCUAACUGUUGAUAAACUACUCCAUAAUUAUUUUAAAAUUAAUGAAAAUACAUAUUUUAAAUACAGUACAUAUGUGAAGUUGUAUGUAGUAUAUUGAUGCAUUAAAAACGGAAAAGGCAAGGAAAUAAGAAAGUUACCUAAACAGUGCCAUAGAUACACUGAUGCCACCUCUCAGAUGAAAAAGAAAGUUGGAGGAAUAUGGUUAUAUUUGAUGAUGUAGCUUAUUUUUUAUGUAUUUGAAUGUACCUUCUUGUUGUUAAGUAUCAUCUAUAUUUAUUUUUUGUAGAAAGUUUCUCUUGUUUUUUACUGUUAUUUAUUAUGUAAUGUUUUUUAAUGUAUAUUCAGAUUUCAUUCAUACUUUGCAGUGUUUUUUUUUUUAUACAUAGUGAGGAAAUCAUUUGAUGUCUUAUUAUUUUCUGAUAAAUAGGCCAAGCAUGCAGGUAAUCAAGUUUGGUAAUAUGAUGCUUGUGGGGUGAUGGGCCAACUGGACUCGGAAAUAGAAAAUGGAAAGUUUUUCUUCACUGCUGCCAAUGUGUCUUAUUUUGGUGAUUCUCAGUGACAUUGAAAGUGGACUUUGCAUGAAGUAUAUGCAUAUAUAUUUUUUCUUACAUCUUCCUGUACAAUUUUUGCUUUGUAACAUCAGAUACACUAUCAUGACUGCCUGUUGAUGGGAAACAGAGUCACAGGUUGUUUCUACUUAAUCUUAUUUAUGGAAACAUGAUAUUUUAGGAUCUAAAUAUUUCCUUGCGGUCAAAAAAGGUAAUUUAAUUGGUUCAGUAACUUUUGAAUAGCAAAGAUCAGUACAGAUGAAUAUUUGAUUAGUUAUCAGGAGAACCAUAAAAAUGACAUAAGAUGUUUAACUGUUUAUAUUGUACAGACAGUAAAUGUCUUCUGUAUAUUUCAAGCUCUUUUCAGAAAGUGCGAUUUUUUAUGUGAAAUAAUUUUUAAAGGUAUAUCGUUUGAA